GGGUACCAGUUUCCUUUAGCCCUGCAAGCGGAGGAGCAGGAGGCCAGCGGGUGGAACCAGCUCGCGGGAAUUUUGCAGGUCUGUUCUAGCACUGCCCAAGGCUAAAAAAGUAAGAGGCAGAAACUGACUGGAUCAAUACGAAGUAGUUGCUUUAAAAGAGGAAUAGGCAGGAAGAAGGAAAGAAGAAAGAAGCAGACAGUCACAAGAUGAAACCUUGUCAAAAAAUUGAAGGAAAACCAGAAAAUGAUGAGCCAAAGCUUGAGGAAGAGCCAAAGCCUGAGGAAAAGCCAGAGGAGAAGGAAGAACCAGAGGAGGAGGAGGAAGAGGAGGAGGAGGAGGAGGAGGAAAAAACUAAAGAAACUUUUAGAGAAAGGCUGAUUCAAUCUCUCCAGGAAUUUAAAGAAGACAUACAUAACAGACAUUUAAGCAAUGAAGAUACAUUUAGAGAAGUGGAUGAAAUAGAUGAGAUAAGGAGAGUAAGAAAUAAACUCAUAGUGAUGCGUUGGAAGGUUAAUCGAAACCAUCCAUACCCCUAUUUAAUGUAG